UGCGUAUGAAAAUAUUUCUGUAACAAUAAACUACAUUAAGUCAUGGAUCAAAUUUUCACUCCUAGAUGGUGCGUUCCGUUGUCUGCUUAAAGUUUAUUGAUGGUACGUAUCUUUAUCUAGAGAAAUCUCAAAACAUGUCAAGAAAUGUCGCAUCUGGCAAGACCUCCUCGAAAGGCUCAAAAACCUCGGCAAAGCAACAGAAAGCUCGAAACAAAGCGAAGGGAUCCUCAAAAGGAAAACGAAUGCAGUCUGGUGAAAAAGAUGAAGUCGAUCUUUCUAUGGCUGCUAUAGGUCACCCAGAAAUCUUCCCUUUAGUUUUGACUACGCAGACCCAAGAAAUUUUUAAUUGCCGAGUUAAUGAAGAGGUCACAGAACAAAACCGUUUCAAACUUAUUAAAAAGGAGGACAUCAUUCAGGACCUGAAAACAAGAGCUGCCAUUUCUGACUUCCACCCUGUCAAAAAAACUGUCCUCGAAUACCCGGGGGAAGAACUUUUGGUAGUUUUUGAUGCAGAGUUCCAGUACGGCCAGAACUUUUACCUUGUUGCUUCAGAGGAAGCCAAGGAAAACCUUCUGAAGCCUCCAGAAACUGCAGAAGAAAAAGAAGAAGAAGAUGGAACUCUGGACAUCCAACCUUAUAAACCUCCUGUGUCUAAACCCUGGGUUUCUCUUGGCAGCGAAAAGGAAGUUGAAGAAGAAUCCGUUAAAGAGACCGUUACAAAGGUUAAAUAUAUGGUUUCUCGAGUACGCAGGAUGUUUGGUGCACCGAUUACAUUUACUGAUAAGAACGCUUCAGAGGUAAAAGACAGUUACAUUGAAUGCACAUCCUAUCAAGACAAUGCUUUCAGUAUUAAAGUGCUUGAAAAAGAUGUGGGCAUACAGAUGGUUCCAAAAGUCAGAGAAGCUGGUACUCAGACAAACUGGACCUAUCCGAAAAAUACAGCUACGCAGUAUUUCCCCAGACGGUUGUCAGACGAAGAGAAAGAAGAGAUUCUGUCAUCCGAGAAACUGAAAAACUUUCUUACAUCAGCACGUUUAAGAGUGGAAAUUGCGUUGCAGCAAAAUGAAAUCAUGAAUGCUUUUUUUGAUGACUGGAAGGCCUUAGGAGAAGAUGAAAGCAGUGCUGGUGGCAAGCCAGCUGUUUUGCUCGAAGCGUACCAAUCGUUUAGAGAUCUGCGCUACCUCAAGGACAGCACGAUUCGCUGCGUUUGCUGGCAUCCAACCAUUGAUGGGAUGAUAGCAGUAUCAGCAAGACGGCGCCUUUCUGAUGAAGAAGAAGUUAACCUCUGUGAUAAAUCUUUGCUGCAGAAAUCAGUAAUACUUUUCUGGAGUUUUUUUGACCCUACCCACCCUCAGUUAAUUUUGGAGUGCCCUGAAGACAUUGACUGUUUUCAGUUUAGUCCAAGUGAUCCAAAUCUCAUCGCUGGUGGCUGCAUCAAUGGACAGGUUGUACUGUGGGAUAUUUCUCAACAUGAAGAAAAGCUGCAAAAUGAAAAACCUGUUGAUGAUGACAAGAUGACAGACGUUAACACGCCUUCACUUCUUGAAGCCCAGCAGAGUAGCACAGAGCCACCUCUCGUGAGGCACUGCAUAGUCUCUUCCUUAGAGGAUAGUCAUAAAAAACAAGUAACAGAUCUACAUUGGCUGCCAGCUUAUUUUGAGGACAAACAAAUGGGUGCUACUUCUGAAAACAGAGCUGAAACCUGUGUGCAGCUUGUCACCUGCUCCCCUGACUGCUCAAUACUAUUUUGGGAUAUUCCAGCCACCAACCUAACCGAACAACCUUUAUCUGAGAAGGUAGCAGAGGACAUUUUUUCUAAACGCCCUGACGUUUCAGAUACUUCUAAACAUCUCGAUUUCUGCUGGAAACCUGUCGUAAAGAUAAACCUAUGCGAAAGCGAUACCGACACAGACUGCAUUCCCAUCAGAAUUAGUUUAAGAGAACUACGUUAUCGUUACAAAACUUCAGACAGGAGACGAGCUCGAAACAUCCCAGAAGCACUCGCCAAAGACAGCCUCUAUACUCGAAGCAAAAACCAGAAAACACUGGAGAAUAUCUCCACCAGCCUUUUUAUUGGAACUGAAGAUGGCAAGAUUAUUUAUUCUGACUUGAAAAUGGAAAUUGAUGGUGACUUGGCAAAACCAGUUAGCAAGAAGCAUGCUCAGAAAUACACCAUCCACAAUAAAAGCGUCCACACGCUCCAGAGAUCUCCGUUUUUUAAAGACGUCAUUCUAAGCAUUGGAGGCCGGAAUUUUGCCAUUUGGAAGGAAGACGUUACAAAUGGACCGAUCCUUCAGUCAAGCUGCUCUGCUGGAAGAUACACUGCGGGACAGUGGUCCUUAACCAGACCAGGAGUUUUCUUCAUUGGCAGAGAUGAUGGAAAUAUCGAUAUUUGGGACUUACUCAAGAAAACUUAUGAGCCAUCUAAGUUCCAGAACAUCUCUGAAGCAAUGCUCACAUUCAUCAGCCUCUCCAUUGCCUCACCAAAGCAGCACUUUUUAGCCGUAUCUGACGAUUUAGGAGUACUGCAUGUUCUGGAAAUCGGUCAAACUCUAAGGGAGCCUUUGCAGAAUGAGGAAGCUGACGUCCUGGAGUAUUUUGAAAGAGAAGCCAAAUAUCUGAAAAACUGGGAACAAGAGUUUCAAGAAUAUCAAGACUUGCAAGCCAAAACAGAACUGAAAUGGAGCUGGAAGCACAAAGACAGAAAAUAG